GGUACCAGCCCCUCCACACUGCAGGUCCUGGAUUGGACGCUGUUUACACCUGACUGCCCGGCCCUCGGGGGGUCCGGUGUUUUCCCAGGAGCGUUUGGGAGAAAAGUGUGUGGCCGCGGUAGUGGAGAUCCCCUGUCCUAGGAUUCGUCAUCGCGGUGCCCAGACUUCGGCGCCGUCCACGAGCCAGGGGACGUGGGGGGCGGGGCGGCCUGCUAUCGGCCCCGCCUCUCUCGGCCCCGCCCCGCCGCCGACAGGACCCGCCUCUCUCCCCAGGCCCGGCGGGCGCCGACCACGCCCCUCGCUCCCAGCAUGCCGUGCGACAGCGGCGGCGCGGCGGGCGGAGCCGGGAGGCGGGGAAGCAGUGGCCGUGUGAGCGUGAGGAGCUGCCGCCAGCGCCUGCUCCUCAUCGUCCUCGUCCUCCGGGGCCCCGGCGUCGUGGGCCGCGCACGGCCCUGGAAGCGACGUCGCCUCCCCUUCAUCUGCCUCUCUCUCACCGCGCCGCUCCUGCCUCGUCGUCCUGCGCUGCCGGCUCAGGCGGAACCCGGAACGGCCGUCCUCUUCCCCCGCCCUCCGCCGCCGCCUCCUCCUCCUCCUCCUCCUCCUCCUCCUCCUCCUCCUCCUCCUCCUCCUCCUCGGCUUCCUCCUCAGCCCCGGGCCGGAGCGGGGUGUCGGCGGCGGCCGGUUCGGGCGGCGACUCGCGCUUCUUUGGGCGGCGGCGCUUGGCCAUGUCGUGUCGGGGAAGGUAAUGAGCCGCAGAGCCCCGGGGUCUCGGCUGAGCAGCGGCGGCGGCGGCGGCACCAAGUAUCCGCGGAGCUGGAAUGACUGGCAACCCAGAACUGAUAGUGCAUCAGCCGACCCAGAUAAUUUAAAAUAUUCUUCAUCCAGAGAUAGAGGUAGUUCUUCCUCUUAUGGACUGCAACCUUCAAAUUCAGCUGUUGUGUCUCGGCAAAGGCACGAUGAUACCAGAGUCCACGCUGACAUACAGAAUGACGAAAAGGGUGGCUACAGUGUCAAUGGAGGAUCUGGGGAAAAUACUUAUGGUCGGAAGUCGUUGGGGCAAGAGCUGAGGGUUAACAAUGUGACCAGCCCUGAGUUCACCAGUGUUCAGCAUGGCAGUCGUGCUUUAGCCACCAAAGACAUGAGGAAAUCACAGGAGAGAUCGAUGUCUUAUUCUGAUGAGUCUCGACUGUCGAAUCUUCUUCGGAGGAUCACCCGGGAAGACGACAGAGACCGAAGACUGGCUACUGUAAAGCAGUUGAAAGAAUUUAUUCAGCAACCAGAAAAUAAGCUGGUACUAGUUAAACAAUUGGAUAAUAUCUUGGCUGCUGUACAUGAUGUUCUUAAUGAAAGUAGCAAAUUGCUUCAGGAGCUGAGACAGGAGGGAGCUUGCUGUCUUGGCCUUCUUUGUGCUUCUCUGAGCUAUGAGGCCGAGAAGAUCUUCAAGUGGAUUUUUAGCAAAUUUAGCUCAUCUGCAAAAGAUGAAGUUAAACUCCUCUACUUAUGUGCCACCUACAAAGCACUAGAGACUGUAGGAGAAAAGAAAGCCUUUUCAUCUGUAAUGCAGCUUGUAAUGACCAGCCUGCAGUCUAUUCUUGAAAAUGUGGAUACACCAGAAUUACUUUGCAAAUGUGUUAAGUGCAUUCUUUUGGUGGCUCGCUGUUACCCUCAUAUUUUCAGCACGAAUUUUAGGGAUACAGUUGAUAUAUUAGUUGGAUGGCAUAUAGAUCAUACUCAGAAACCUUCGCUCACGCAGCAGGUCUCUGGGUGGUUGCAGAGUUUGGAGCCUUUUUGGGUAGCUGAUCUUGCAUUUUCUACCACUCUUCUUGGUCAGUUUCUAGAAGACAUGGAAGCAUAUGCUGAGGACCUCAGCCAUGUGGCCUCUGGGGAAUCAGUGGAUGAAGACGUCCCUCCUCCAUCAGUGUCAUUACCAAAGCUGGCUGCACUUCUCCGGGUGUUUAGUACUGUGGUGAGGAGCAUUGGGGAACGCUUCAGCCCAAUUCGGGGUCCUCCAAUUACUGAGGCAUAUGUAACAGAUGUUCUGUACAGAGUAAUGAGAUGUGUGACGGCUGCAAACCAGGUGUUUUUUUCUGAGGCUGUGUUGACAGCUGCUAAUGAGUGUGUUGGUGUUUUGCUCGGCAGCUUGGAUCCUAGCAUGACUAUACAUUGUGACAUGGUCAUUACAUACGGAUUAGACCAACUGGAGAAUUGCCAGACUUGUGGUACCGAUUAUAUCAUCUCAGUCUUGAAUUUACUCACGCUGAUUGUUGAACAAAUAAAUACAAAACUGCCAUCAUCAUUUGUAGAAAAACUGUUUAUACCAUCAUCUAAACUACUAUUCUUGCGUUAUCAUAAAGAAAAAGAGGUUGUUGCUGUAGCCCAUGCUGUUUAUCAAGCAGUGCUCAGCUUGAAGAAUAUUCCUGUUUUGGAGACUGCCUAUAAGUUAAUAUUGGGAGAAAUGACUUGUGCCCUAAACAACCUCCUACAUAGUCUGCAACUUCCUGAGGCCUGUUCUGAAAUAAAGCAUGAGGCUUUUAAGAAUCAUGUGUUCAAUGUAGACAAUGCAAAAUUUGUAGUUAUAUUUGACCUCAGUGCCCUGACUACUAUCGGAAAUGCCAAAAACUCACUAAUAGGGAUGUGGGCGCUAUCUCCAACUGUCUUUGCACUUCUGAGUAAGAAUCUGAUGAUUGUGCACAGUGACCUGGCUGUUCACUUCCCUGCCAUUCAGUAUGCUGUGCUCUACACAUUGUAUUCUCAUUGUACCAGGCAUGAUCACUUUAUCUCUAGUAGCCUCAGUUCUUCCUCUCCUUCUUUGUUUGAUGGAGCCGUGAUUAGCACUGUAACUACGGCUACAAAGAAACAUUUCUCAAUUAUAUUAAAUCUUCUGGGAAUAUUACUUAAGAAAGAUAACCUUAACCAGGACACGAGGAAACUGUUGAUGACUUGGGCUUUGGAAGUAGCUGUUUUAAUGAAGAAGUCCGAAACAUAUGCACCUUUAUUCUCUCUUCCGUCUUUCCAUAAAUUUUGCAAAGGCCUUUUAGCCAACACUCUCGUUGAAGAUGUGAAUAUCUGUCUGCAGGCAUGCAGCAGUCUACAUGCUCUGUCCUCUUCCUUGCCAGAUGAUCUUUUACAGAGAUGUGUUGAUGUUUGCCGUGUUCAACUAGUGCACAGUGGAACUCGUAUUCGACAAGCAUUUGGAAAACUGUUGAAAUCAAUUCCUUUAGAUGUUGUCCUAAGCAAUAACAAUCACACAGAAAUUCAAGAAAUUUCUUUAGCAUUAAGAAGUCACAUGAGUAAAGCACCAAGUAACACAUUCCACCCCCAAGAUUUCUCUGAUGUUAUUAGUUUUAUUUUGUAUGGGAACUCUCAUAGAACAGGGAAGGACAAUUGGUUAGAAAGACUGUUCUAUAGCUGCCAGAGACUGGAUAAGCGUGACCAGUCAACAAUUCCACGCAAUCUCCUAAAGACAGAUGCUGUCCUUUGGCAGUGGGCCAUAUGGGAAGCUGCACAAUUCACUGUUCUUUCUAAGCUGAGAACCCCACUGGGCAGAGCUCAAGACACCUUCCAGACAAUUGAAGGUAUCAUUCGAAGUCUUGCAGCUCACACGUUAAACCCUGAUCAAGAUGUUAGUCAGUGGACAACUGCAGACAAUGAUGAAGGCCAUGGUAACAACCAGCUUAGGCUUGUUCUUCUUCUGCAGUAUCUGGAAAAUCUGGAGAAAUUAAUGUAUAAUGCAUAUGAGGGAUGUGCUAAUGCAUUAACAUCACCUCCCAAGGUCAUUAGAACUUUUUUCUAUACCAAUCGCCAAACUUGUCAGGACUGGCUAACACGGAUUCGACUCUCCAUCAUGAGGGUAGGAUUGUUGGCAGGCCAGCCUGCAGUGACAGUGAGACAUGGCUUUGACUUGCUUACAGAGAUGAAAACAACCAAUCUAUCUCAGGGGAAUGAAUUGGAAGUAACCAUUAUGAUGGUGGUAGAAGCACUAUGUGAACUUCAUUGUCCUGAAGCUAUACAGGGAAUUGCUGUCUGGUCAUCAUCUAUUGUUGGAAAAAAUCUUCUGUGGAUUAACUCAGUGGCGCAACAGGCUGAAGGGAGGUUUGAAAAGGCCUCUGUGGAGUACCAGGAACACCUGUGUGCUAUGACAGGUGUUGAUUGCUGCAUUUCCAGCUUUGACAAAUCGGUGCUCACCUUAGCCAAUGCUGGGCGUAACAGUGCCAGCCCGAAACAUUGUCUGAAUGGUGAAUCCAGAAAAACUGUGCUGUCCAAACCGACUGACUCUUCCCCUGAGGUUAUAAAUUAUUUAGGAAAUAAAGCAUGUGAGUGCUACAUCUCAGUUGCCGAUUGGGCUGCUGUACAGGAAUGGCAGAACGCUAUCCAUGACUUGAAAAAGAGUACCAGUAGCACUUCCCUCAACCUGAAAGCUGACUUCAACUAUAUAAAAUCAUUAAGCAGCUUUGAGUCUGGAAAAUUUGUUGAAUGUACCGAGCAAUUAGAAUUGUUACCAGGAGAAAAUAUCAAUCUACUUGCUGGAGGAUCAAAAGAAAAAAUAGACAUGAAGAAACUGCUUCCUAACAUGUUAAGUCCAGAUCCAAGGGAACUUCAGAAAUCCAUUGAGGUUCAGUUGUUAAGAAGUUCUGUUUGUUUGGCAACUGCUUUAAACCCGAUAGAACAAGAUCAGAAGUGGCAGUCUAUAACUGAAAAUGUGGUAAAGUAUUUGAAGCAAACAUCCCGCAUCUCUGUUGGACCUCUGAGACUUUCUACUCUAACAGUUUCGCAGUCUUUGCCAGUUCUAAGUACCUUGCAGCUAUAUUGCUCAUCUGCUUUGGAGAACACAGUUUCUAACAGACUUUCAACAGAGGACUGUCUUAUUCCACUCUUCAGUGAAGCUUUACGUUCAUGUAAACAGCAUGAUGUAAGGCCAUGGAUGCAGGCGUUAAGGUAUACUAUGUACCAGAAUCGGUUGUUGGAGAAAAUUAAAGAACAAACAGUCCCAAUUAGAAGCCAUCUUAUGGAAUUAGGUCUAACAGCAGCAAAAUUUGCUAGAAAACGAGGGAAUGUGUCCCUUGCAACAAGACUGCUGGCACAGUGCAGUGAAGUUCAGCUGGGAAAGACCACCACUGCACAAGAUUUAGUCCAACAUUUUAAAAAACUAUCAACCCAAGGUCAAGUGGAUGAAAAAUGGGGGCCCGAACUUGAUAUUGAGAAAACAAAAUUGCUAUAUACAGCAGGCCAGUCAACGCAUGCAAUGGAAAUGUUGAGUUCUUGUGCCAUAUCUUUCUGCAAGUCUGCGAAAGCUGAAUAUGCAGUUGCUAAGUCAAUUCUGACACUGGCUAAAUGGAUCCAGGCAGAAUGGAAAGAGAUUUCAGGACAGCUGAAACAGGUUUACAGAGCUCAGCACCAACAGAACUUCACAGGUCUUUCUACUUUGUCUAAAAACAUACUCACUUUAAUAGAACUGCCAUCUGUUAAUACGAUGGAAGAAGAGUAUCCUCGGAUCGAGAGUGAAUCUACAGUGCAUAUUGGAGUUGGAGAACCUGACUUCAUUUUGGGACAGUUGUAUCACCUAUCUUCAGUACAGGCACCUGAAGUAGCCAAAUCUUGGGCAGCGUUGGCCAGCUGGGCUUACAGGUGGGGCAGAAAGGUGGUUGACAAUGCCAGUCAGGGAGAAGGUGUUCGUCUGUUGCCUAGAGAAAAAUCUGAAGUUCAGAAUCUGCUUCCAGACACUAUAACUGAGGAAGAGAAAGAGAGAAUAUAUGGUAUUCUUGGACAGGCUGUAUGUCGGCCAGCAGGGAUUCAGGAUGAAGAUAUAACCCUUCAGAUAACAGAGAGUGAAGAUAAUGAAGAAGAUGACAUGGUUGAUGUUAUCUGGCGUCAGUUGAUAUCAAGCUGCCCAUGGCUUUCAGAACUUGAUGAAAGUGCAACUGAAGGAGUUAUUAAAGUGUGGAGGAAAGUUGUAGAUAGAAUAUUCAGCCUAUACAAACUCUCUUGCAGUGCAUACUUUACUUUCCUUAAACUCAACGCUGGUCAAAUUCCUUUAGAUGAGGAUGACCCUCGGCUGCAUUUAAGUCACAGAGCGGAACAGAGCACUGAUGACGUGAUCGUGAUGGCCACAUUGCGCCUGCUACGGUUGCUUGUGAAGCACGCUGGUGAGCUUCGGCAGUAUCUGGAGCACGGCUUGGAGACAACACCCACCGCACCGUGGAGAGGAAUUAUUCCGCAACUUUUCUCACGCUUAAACCACCCUGAAGUGUAUGUGCGCCAAAGUAUUUGUAACCUUCUCUGCCGCGUGGCUCAAGAUUCCCCACAUCUCAUAUUGUAUCCUGCAAUAGUGGGUACCAUAUCGCUUAGUAGUGAAUCCCAGGCUUCAGGAAAUAAAUUUUCCACUGCAAUUCCAACUUUACUUGGCAAUAUUCAAGGAGAAGAAUUGCUGGUUUCUGAAUGUGAGGGAGGAAGUCCUCCUGCAUCUCAGGAUAGCAAUAAGGAUGAACCUAAAAGUGGAUUAAAUGAAGACCAAGCCAUGAUGCAGGAUUGUUACAGCAAAAUUGUAGAUAAGCUGUCCUCUGCAAAUCCAACCAUGGUGUUACAGGUUCAGAUGCUCGUGGCUGAACUGCGCAGGGUCACUGUGCUCUGGGAUGAGCUCUGGCUAGGAGUUCUGCUGCAACAACACAUGUAUGUCCUGAGACGAAUUCAGCAGCUCGAAGAUGAGGUCAAGAGAGUCCAGAACAACAACACCUUACGCAAAGAAGAGAAAAUUGCAAUCAUGCGGGAGAAGCACACAGCUUUGAUGAAGCCCAUCGUAUUUGCUUUGGAGCACGUGAGGAGUAUCACAGCGGCUCCUGCAGAAACACCUCAUGAAAAAUGGUUUCAGGAUAACUAUGGUGAUGCCAUUGAAAAUGCCCUGGAAAAACUGAAGACACCAUCGAACCCUGCAAAGCCUGGGAGCAGCUGGAUUCCAUUUAAAGAGAUAAUGCUAAGUUUGCAACAGAGAGCACAGAAACGUGCAAGUUACAUCUUGCGUCUUGAAGAAAUCAGUCCAUGGUUGGCUGCCAUGACUAACACUGAAAUUGCUCUUCCUGGGGAAGUCUCAGCCAGAGACACUGUCACAAUCCAUAGUGUGGGCGGAACCAUCACAAUCUUACCGACUAAAACCAAGCCAAAGAAACUUCUCUUUCUUGGAUCAGACGGGAAGAGCUAUCCUUAUCUUUUCAAAGGACUGGAGGAUUUACAUCUGGAUGAGAGAAUAAUGCAAUUCCUAUCUAUUGUGAAUACCAUGUUUGCUACAAUUAAUCGCCAAGAAACACCCCGGUUCCAUGCUCGACACUACUCUGUAACACCACUAGGAACAAGAUCGGGACUAAUCCAAUGGGUAGAUGGAGCCACACCCUUAUUUGGUCUUUACAAACGAUGGCAACAACGGGAAGCUGCCUUACAAGCACAAAAGGCCCAAGAUUCCUACCAAACUCCUCAGAAUCCUGGAAUUGUACCCCGUCCUAGUGAACUUUAUUACAGUAAAAUUGGCCCUGCUUUGAAAACAGUUGGGCUUAGCCUGGAUGUAUCCCGUCGGGAUUGGCCUCUUCAUGUAAUGAAGGCUGUAUUGGAAGAGUUAAUGGAGGCCACACCCCCAAAUCUCCUUGCCAAAGAGCUCUGGUCAUCUUGCACAACGCCUGAUGAAUGGUGGAGAGUUACACAGUCUUAUGCAAGAUCUACUGCAGUCAUGUCUAUGGUUGGAUACAUAAUUGGCCUUGGAGACAGACAUCUGGAUAACGUUCUCAUAGAUAUGACGACUGGAGAAGUUGUUCACAUAGAUUACAAUGUUUGCUUUGAAAAAGGUAAAAUAAAAGUAAACUUUACAUUUAUGAGGGCCAAAUGUUUUUUGGUGAAAGAGCAAAAAUAUAAUGAUUUGUCUUUUCAAGGUAAAAGCCUUAGAGUUCCUGAGAAAGUACCUUUUCGAAUGACACAAAACAUUGAAACAGCACUGGGUGUAACUGGAGUAGAAGGUGUAUUUAGGCUUUCAUGUGAGCAGGUUUUACACAUUAUGCGGCGUGGCAGAGAAACCCUGCUGACGCUGCUGGAGGCCUUUGUGUAUGACCCUCUGGUGGACUGGACGGCAGGAGGCGAGGCCGGGUUUGCUGGUGCUGUCUAUGGUGGAGGCGGCCAGCAGGCCGAGAGCAAGCAGAGCAAGAGAGAGAUGGAGCGAGAGAUCACCCGCAGCCUGUUUUCUUCAAGAGUAGCUGAGAUUAAGGUGAACUGGUUUAAGAAUAGAGAUGAGAUGCUGAUUGUGCUUCCCAAGUUGGACAGUAGCUUAGAUGAAUACCUAAGCUUGCAGGAGCAACUGACAGAUGUGGAAAAACUGCAGGGCAAACUACUGGAGGAAAUAGAGUUUCUAGAAGGAGCUGAAGGGGUGGAUCAUCCUUCUCACACUCUGCAACACAGGUAUUCUGAACACACCCAACUACAGACUCAACAAAGAGCUGUUCAGGAAGCAAUCCAGGUGAAGCUGAAUGAGUUUGAACAAUGGAUAACACAUUAUCAGGCUGCAUUCAAUAAUUUAGAAGCAACACAGCUUGCAAGCUUGCUUCAAGAGAUAAGCACACAAAUGGACCUUGGUCCUCCAAGUUACGUGCCAGCAACAGCCUUUCUGCAGAAUGCUGGCCAGGCCCACUUGAUUAGCCAGUGCGAGCAGCUGGAGGGGGAGGUUGGUGCUCUCCUGCAGCAGAGGCGCUCUGUGCUCCGUGGCUGUCUGGAACAACUGCAUCACUAUGCAACCGUGGCUCUGCAGUAUCCAAAGGCCAUAUUUCAGAAGCAUCGAAUUGAACAGUGGAAGACCUGGAUGGAAGAGCUCAUCUGUAACACCACAGUAGAGCGUUGUCAAGAGCUCUACAGGAAAUAUGAAAUGCAGUAUGCUCCCCAGCCACCCCCAACAGUGUGUCAGUUCAUCACUGCCACUGAAAUGACCCUGCAGCGGUAUGCAGCAGACAUCAACAGCAGACUUAUUAGACAAGUGGAACGCUUAAAACAGGAAGCUGUCACUGUGCCAGUUUGUGAAGAUCAGUUGAAAGAAAUUGAACGUUGCAUUAAAGUUUUCCUUCAUGAGAAUGGAGAAGAAGGAUCUUUGAGUCUAGCAAGUGUUAUUAUUUCUGCCCUUUGUACCCUUACAAGGCGUAACCUGAUGAUGGAGGGUGCAGCGUCAAGUGCUGGAGAACAGCUGGUUGAUCUGACUUCUCGGGAUGGAGCCUGGUUCUUGGAGGAACUCUGCAGCAUGAGCGGAAACGUCACCUGCUUGGUUCAGUUACUGAAGCAGUGCCACCUGGUGCCACAGGACUUAGACAUCCCGAACCCCAUGGAAGCGUCUGAGACAGUUCACUUAGCCAAUGGAGUGUAUACCUCACUUCAGGAAUUGAAUUCAAAUUUCCGGCAAAUCAUAUUUCCAGAAGCACUUCGAUGUUUGAUGAAAGGGGAAUACACGUUAGAAAGUAUGCUGCAUGAACUGGACGGUCUUAUUGAGCAGACCACCGAUGGCGUUCCCUUGCAGACUCUAGUGGAAUCUCUUCAGGCCUACUUAAGAAAUGCAGCUAUGGGACUGGAAGAAGAAACACAUGCUCAUUACAUCGAUGUUGCCAGACUACUACAUGCUCAGUAUGGUGAAUUAAUCCAACCAAGAAAUGGUUCAGUUGAAGAAACACCCAAAAUGUCAGCUGGCCAGAUGCUUUUGGUAGCAUUCGAUGGCAUGUUUGCUCAAGUUGAAACUGCUUUCAGCUUAUUAGUUGAAAAGUUGAACAAGAUGGAAAUUCCUAUAGCUUGGCGAAAGAUUGACAUCAUAAGGGAAGCCAGGAGUACUCAAGUUAAUUUUUUUGAUGAUGAUAAUCACCGGCAGGUGCUAGAAGAGAUUUUCUUUCUAAAAAGACUACAGACGAUUAAGGAGUUCUUCAGGCUCUGUGGUACCUUUUCUAAAACAUUGUCAGGAUCAAGUUCACUUGAAGAUCAGAAUACUGUGAAUGGGCCUGUACAGAUUGUCAAUGUGAAAACCCUUUUUAGAAACUCUUGUUUCAGUGAAGACCAAAUGGCCAAACCUAUCAAGGCAUUCACAGCUGACUUUGUGAGGCAGCUUUUGAUAGGACUACCCAACCAAGCCCUCGGACUCACACUGUGCAGUUUUAUCAGUGCUCUGGGUGUAGACAUCAUUGCUCAAGUAGAGGCAAAGGACUUUGGUGCCGAAAGCAAAGUUUCUGUUGAUGAUCUCUGUAAGAAAGCGGUGGAACAUAACAUCCAGAUUGGGAAAUUCUCUCAGUUGGUUAUGAACAGGGCAACCGUGUUAGCAAGUUCUUAUGACACUGCCUGGAAGAAGCAUGACUUGGUGCGAAGGCUGGAAACCAGUAUUUCUUCUUGUAAGACAAGCCUGCAGCGAGUUCAGCUGCAUAUUGCCAUGUUUCAGUGGCAACAUGAAGAUCUACUUAUCAAUAGACCACAAGCCAUGUCAGUCACACCUCCCCCACGGUCUGCUAUCCUAACCAGCAUGAAAAAGAAACUGCAUACCCUGAGCCAAAUUGAAACUUCUAUUGCAACAGUUCAGGAGAAGCUAGCAGCACUUGAAGCAAGUAUUGAACAGCGACUCAAGUGGGCAGGUGGUGCCAACCCUGCAUUGGCCCCUGUACUACAAGAUUUUGAAGCAACGAUAGCUGAAAGAAGAAAUCUUGUCCUUAAAGAGAGCCAAAGAGCAAGUCAGGUCACUUUUCUGUGCAGCAAUAUCAUUCAUUUUGAAAGUUUACGAACAAGAACUGCAGAAGCCUUAAACCUGGAUGCGGCGUUAUUUGAACUAAUCAAGCGAUGUCAGCAGAUGUGUUCAUUUGCAUCACAGUUUAACAGUUCAGUGUCAGAGUUAGAGCUUCGUUUAUUACAGAGAGUGGACACUGGUCUUGAACAUCCUAUUGGCAGCUCUGAAUGGCUUUUGUCAGCACACAAACAAUUGACCCAGGAUAUGUCUACUCAGAGGGCAAUUCAGACAGAGAAAGAGCAGCAGAUAGAAACGGUCUGUGAAACAAUUCAGAAUCUGGUUGAUAAUAUAAAGACUGUGCUCACUGGUCAUAACCGACAGCUUGGAGAUGUCAAACAUCUCUUGAAAGCUAUGGCUAAGGAUGAAGAAGCUGCUCUGGCGGAUGGUGAAGAUGUUCCCUAUGAGAACAGUGUUAGGCAGUUUUUGGGUGAAUAUAAAUCAUGGCAAGACAACAUUCAAACAGUUCUGUUUACAUUAGUCCAGGCUAUGGGUCAGGUUCGAAGUCAGGAACAUGUUGAAAUGCUCCAGGAAAUCACUCCCACCUUGAAAGAACUGAAAACACAAAGUCAGAGUAUCUAUAAUAAUUUAGUGAGUUUUGCAUCACCCUUAGUCACCGAUGCAACAAAUGAAUGUUCGAGUCCAACGUCAUCUGCCACUUAUCAGCCAUCCUUUGCUGCAGCAGUCCGGAGUAACACUGGCCAGAAGACUCAGCCUGAUGUCAUGUCCCAGAAUGCUAGAAAGCUGAUUCAGAAAAAUCUUGCCACAUCAGCUGAUACUCCACCAAGCACCAUUCCAGGAACUGGCAAGAGUGUUGCUUGUAGUCCUAAAAAGGCAGUCAGAGACCCUAAAACUGGGAAAGCGGUGCAAGAGAGAAACUCCUAUGCAGUGAGUGUGUGGAAGAGAGUGAAAGCCAAGUUAGAGGGCCGAGAUGUUGAUCCGAAUAGGAGGAUGUCAGUUGCUGAACAGGUUGACUAUGUCAUUAAGGAAGCAACUAAUCUAGAUAACUUGGCUCAGCUGUAUGAAGGUUGGACAGCCUGGGUGUGAAUGGCAAGUCAGUAGAUGAGUCUGGUUAAGCGAGGUCAGACAUCCACCAGAAUCAACUCAGCCUCAGGCAUCCAAAGCCACACCACAGUCGGUGGUGAUGCAACUGGGGGCUUACUCUGAGGAAACCUAGGAAAUCUCGGUGCACUAGGAAGUGAAUCCUGCAGGACAGCUGCACUCAGGGAUACGCCCAACACCAUGGCCUGCAACCCCAGGGUCAAGGGUGAAGGAAAGCAAGCUCACCGCCUGAACACGGAGAUUGUCUUUCUGCCACAGAACAGCAGCAAACGUGUCAGGAGGUUAGCUGCAGAAAGAAAUCGGGAUGCCGCGGAGCACAGAGUGAUUUGGAACUCCAUUCCACCUGACCCUGUGUGUACAAUCCAGGAAAAAAACAAACCCCGCUCAGAAACAGAGAAAACUGGGGUCGCGAAGAAAUCACAGCCAAGGAAGAUUUGAUGCAUUCAGAUUCUUGUGUAACACUUGUUGCUUGGCAACAGUACUGGUUGGGUUGACCAGUAAGUACAAAAAGGCUAAAGGCUAUGCGAUAUGAAUUUCAGAAAUGGACUGAAAAUGGAGAGCUAUGUAACAGAUACACUACAGUGGAAGAACUUCUGAAAUGAAGGGAAAAAACCACCCCAUCGUUCCCUGCUCCUCCCCACCACUUACCCAUUCCCCCUUUACCUAAUCUAGUAGAUUAGCCAUCUUUCAAAUUCACUUUUAUUUCAAUCCUUAUAUUUCAUAUACUUUCGUCUCGAUGCUGUUAACAACUUCUGAUAACAUGGAAAAUUCAAGGAUUGUUUAAAGGUCUGAUGAUCACACACAAAAUGUAAUUCUGGUUGUUUAAGUCAUUUCUGUGAUUCUAUCAUGUACAGUUUCCAGAAUUGUCACUGUGCAUUCAAAAGUAAUGAAUCUAACAGACAUUUGAUUUAAUGUACACUCCCUUUUGCUUAUAGUGUGCAUUUUUUUUGGAGGUCAUUCAAAUUUUCCCUCUUCUGUGAUAGCUGUAGUUUCUUUCAUAGAAAGUAGCUAAUCCAGUGUAAUCUUUUACCUUUUUAAAAACCAGGAUAGAGUAUCUAUUAGAGUUUUACAUUGUUGAUGAUAGAUUAACAAUAAAUUGAUGUUCUGGUGGAGGUAGACUGAAAUUUUUUUUAAUUCAUUUUUUUCAUUUGAUGCUUUUAAUUUACACUUGGUAAAUUAAAAGUUCUUUAGUUUACUUGGCAUUUUAGGACAUGUACAUGAAACAGCGAAAAUGAGAUCCACCAACAUCUUUUAUUAAGUUCAGUUAUUAGUCUGUGAAGUGCUUUACUUUUUGCACAAUUUUAAUAGCUUGCCAUUCAGUAAUACAUUAUAGUGAAUUCAUGAUCAAGGUUUCCUUAAAUUUAGCAUUGCAUUUCAGUACUGACUGUGUAAGCUAAAUUGCUGAUCCAAAAUAAAAACCCAGACUAGAAUAGGGUUCUUAAAAUCAAGUAUCAACACAAAAGAGAACACAAUUAAAAUCUUAAUUGUUGGCUGGGCACAGUGGCUCAUGCCUGUAAUCCCAGCACUUUGGGAGGACGAGGUGGGAGGAUCACGAGGUUAGGAGAUCGAAACCAUCCUGGCUAACACGGUGAAACCCUGUCUCUACUAAAAAUACAACAAAAUUAGCCAGGCGUGGUGGUGGGCGCCUGUAGUCCCAGCUACUUGGGAGGCUGAGGCAGGAGAAUGGCGUGAACCCAGGAGGCGGAGCUUGCAGUGAGCCAAGAUUGUGCCACUGCACUCCAGUCCGGGCGACAGAACGAGACUCUGUGACAAAAAUAAAUAAAUAAAAAUAAUCUUAAUUGUCUGAGUACAUUUUCCCUGCAUUUUAGAGAUUAGGACAGUGGUCACUUUUUAGUUGCCAGUCUUCACAGACAAACGAGAGGUAUUAAGGAAAAAAAUUCCACAUAGCUCUGGGCCUUUUCUGUAUUCUGAUUGACACGUUAAUCUAUAAUCUUUAAGUACCCAUGAAAGAACGUGUUGCAGUAUCAGUGAUUUCAUGAUACUUUAGCAAGUAUUGUAGGCAGGGUGGAUUUUUUGAAAUACCCAUGUGUUCAAUAGCAAGUUAAGGAACCUAGCGCAUCAAAUUCUGUUUUCUUCAUUUGGAACCUUAUUUUCACAAAACAACCUAGCUGGAAUAAUAAUGCCAUAUUGUAUUUUGCAUGCUGCUUUAUUUUCUAGAGGCUCUGGGAGCAAAUUACAUUCAUCACAUUACCUCUGCUCUCUCAAUUGAUUAAAGUCUUUCAGCAACAUUCUUUAUUGUCAUCAUAAGGAAAAACUUUUAUCGCAGUGAUAAAAUCAGUUCACAUUAGUUUAGCACUAUAGAUAGCAUUCAGAAAUUGCUUUCUCUUUGGUAAAGAAGAUAAACAGGUGAAUUUUAUUGCCUGUGUUUUCAGGCUUCAGAGGUACCUGGCACCUUACUCAAGCAAAAACAAAAAACAGCUUUACUUGAAAAGCAUGUGCCUCUGGUAAAUUAUCCAUCACUUUUGUUUUAAAGUGGUCCCUCCAAGAAUAAUGUGGCAUACACAGUGGGUUUGGUUGUAAGGCAGAUGUAAUAGAUGACUUCAAAAGCCUGCUCCUUACUGCACUCUGAACAAGACCCUGGUCUGUAUCGUUUGGCUUCCUCUGUUAAGUCAUUCUACAAGGUGACUUGCCAUUUGAACUUUUUAAGAGACCUCAGCACUUAGACUGAGAAAAGUUAGAGUGCUGUAGUUAUGAAGUCAUACAUUUUUGAUAACACAAAAUACCUGUGGAAAACCAGGGAUCCUCUCCUAUUUUUCUCUCUCUCCUGCCUCCCCCUUUCCCUCCAUUCCUCUGUCCCCUCCCCCUCUCCCCUACUGUCUUUAAGAAUCAGGGGGUACAGAAUAACCUACAAACAACCUCUUCAAAGUACCCUUGGAAAUUGAAGUUCAAUCUUAAGUUUUUUGUUGUCUUUAAUUUACUAGAAUUGCCUAAUUUUUAGUUGAUUUCUCUACAGAGCUGUGGAGGCUUAGCUUGUGUAGUUAUUUCUCUUUUACUGUUGCUUUGGUGUGUCUUGAAGUUUGAUUAUUUUUGGUCAUUGAGUUCUUAGUGUAGUUUGCUAGAUGAUUAUUAAGAUUCUUUUGUGUCUGACACUUGUGGUGAGUUGCUUUCGAAAUCUGUUGAGAUUUCCAUGUGAGAACUGAUAAUCAGGCUCUUGAUCUGCUUCCCUAAAUUACUUUUUUAGAGCCCAAACCCCAGGUUUAGGGUGAGGGUUUGUAAUACAGAGAAAAACUUCCAUCACUUCUGCCCUUAACCCUUGCCUCUAAGCUUAGUAAGUACUUUUCUUAAUAUUGUCCAAUGUUUGGUGUUAUCUGCAUUGUUUUUUGUUUUUUAAAUUGUGGUUGUUCUGACGUGUGAAAUUUAAGGAAAGAGCCAUUUUAAAAAAUGCCGAGCAGGGCAAUGCAAGUACAGCCAAAUAUUAGACUUGAUGUGCAAUCUUAGGUCCUUUUUAAUCUGGGGUAUUAUAGGCAGUACUUUAAAUUGAAAAGUCUUCCUGGCCUAUUUUCCUCCACAUUUUUGUAAUUAACUCUGGGGGCUUACUUGUUUUGGCAGUACUAAUACCAAAGGAGCUGGUUCUUCUUUUCUCCCAAUUGUUUUCAUAUGAAAGCACCUACAAUUAGCCUGUUAGUCCUAUUCAGAUACAUCAAAUAUCAGUGAAUGCUUUACUAUUAGCACAUUUAAGCAUCUUUGUUUUACAUAAAAGUAGAGUAUGAAAACCAGUGUUCUAUUUUAUAUUUUGUUGAGCUUGUAAAAUGCCAGCAAUUUAAAACUAGGACUUUCCUCCCCAUAAGCCAAGGAGGUAGAAUUACUAAUGCAAGGGUUAAAGAAGGUAGAUUUUGUUUUCAAUAUUUGGGUAGUAUUAGAUUCCUCCACAGGGAAGAACUAGCAAGUGUCCCAAAUUUUUCCAAACGUUGGGGAGGGGAAAAUUCACUGUAUAAUGAAACCCUAAGGGUUUGUUGCACUUCCUACUUUCUAGGCCUGGAUAACAGUAUCACCAUCCUUAUUUACAGAAAAGAAGGGCAAAACUAACUCUUAAUGAGAAAAGCUUUAUAAGUUCAAGGGUUGUAAAACAUGAACUACUUAGGGUACUCUGCUUUCCACGGGAACUUGGCUAGACUUAGAAAAAGAUGUUUAUUGCGCUAAUGUAAAAGUGUCAUACAAUUUAGUAGAUUUUUGAAGAUGGUAAAUUAGAAGAAUUCUAUGUUCUGAAUUGCAGACUUUUAGAAUGUUUUUCUUUGAAAACAGGCUAAUAUCUUUUUCUUGACAAAGUUUCAGCUCCUCUUUAUUGUGUCAUUUUUCUGGUUUAAAUUUCCCUUACCUUUCCACCUGUAAUGUCAGUGGCAACAACAUCAUACUUCACUUACUUGUUAAUUUACUUUUUACCCUUAUUCUAAGAGCAAGUUGAGUUGAACUGAAUCUUCCUUGUCCUAGUAACAAUGUAUAAAAUAGUGGCUUCUCUGUACAAAAGGUUGUAAUGCCUCCUGAUGGAUAUAAUUUUGUGAUUGUAUUUUAAAGUUGAAUAAAUCACACCAGCUUCCUGAAAAUGUUCAUAAUGCAUCUUUUGGAAAACAAAAAUACAUGCCUAAUUUGUGCAUAUUUGCAUUAACAUGGCAAAGAUUGUAUGAAAUACCUGUUUUUCAGAAAAUAAAGGUUCAGUCUCAAAAGAUA